AUGAAGCUACUUGUUUUCACUCUCAUCGCUCUCUUACAAUUGGCCCAAUCAUGCAUUGUUACCUUUGAGGGUAUCUUUACACCUUGGAAUGGCCACAUGACCGCAAAGGUUACGUCGGGCGGGCACCAAGUCUGCCACCUUGACGAAUUCAUUAGAAGCAAAAGAGAUCCAUACUGGCUUAACUGCGAAGACAAUAAAUAUGCCUGGAUCUCACAAGAUGGGUCACGUUUCGCCUAUGCAGCAAACGGCGUCGAUUACCAUGGAGUGCCAACGCGGACUCCAAUGAACGAUGAGGACAAUGAGAUGCAUAUGCAUUCUCCACGUAUGAGCAAUAAAGAGACGAUAGCUUUGGUUUAA